GACUUUGCACUUUGCAUUUGCCACUUGCUUCCUUCUCCUUGUGAGACGUGCUUGCAGAGCCCAAGAUGAAAGUUGAGUUUGCUCCACUGUCUGUGCCACUGCAGAGAAGGCUUCAGACAGCAUCAGUGGUUCAAUGGAUCUUCAGCUUCCUGUGUCUAGCACAGUGCUGUACAGCUGUCUUCAUCGCCCUCUUCUUCACCCGUUUUUGGCUGGUCAGUGCCCUGUAUGCUGCGUGGUGGUUACUAGACAGGGAGAAACCCAGCAAGGGUGGGCGACGGAGCCACGUCCUCCGGAACUGCGUCAUUUGGAAGUACAUGAGGGACUAUUUCCCCAUCACGUUGGUGAAGACAGCAGAGCUGGACCCUCGGCAGAAUUACCUGGUGGGAUUUCAUCCCCAUGGAGUCCUGCCAGCUGGAGCCUUUCUCAAUUUCUGCACAGAGGCAUCUGGCUUUUCCAAACUCUUCCCAGGCAUCACCCCCCACCUGAUGAUGCUUUCCCUGUGGUUUCGCAUCCCGUUCUUCAGGGACUAUUUGAUGAGUGGAGGCCUCAUCCCCUCUGACAAGGAGAGUGCAUCCUACGUGCUGCAGAAGCCGGCGGGUGGGAACUUGCUGGCCAUCAUUGUUGGCGGGGCACAGGAGGCACUGGAUGCCCGUCCAGGAUCCUUUGUCUUGCUGCUGAAGAACAGGAAGGGAUUUGUGCGCCUGGCCAUCCAGCACGGCACCCCCCUGGUCCCUGCCUUUUCCUUUGGGGAGAAUGAUGUCUACGAUCAGGUGAAGAACCCCAAGGGCUCCUGGCUGCGGAGGACUCAGCAUUGGCUCCAGCAGAUCAUGGGCAUCUCCCUUCCCCUCUUCCAUGCACGAGGCAUCUUCCAGUACAGCUUUGGGCUGAUGCCCUACCGACGGCCCAUCUGCACCGUGGUUGGGAAGCCAAUUCCAGUGCAGAAGAAGCACAGACCCUCUGAGGAAGAAGUUGAUGAAGUCCAUCAAAAAUACCUAGAUGAGUUGUCCAAGCUCUUUGAGAAGCACAAAGCUAAAUAUAAUGUCCCAGAAGACAGCCACCUGGAAUUUAUAUAGAGUGCCUUAAGCAAGGUGAAACCAUGGAGAUCAAGCUCCAAGUUUGCCCUUUCUUUGGAACUACUUCACAACCCCAGCAUAGUCACAGUUAACACAUAGUCUGUAUAGUGUAGGGAAAAUAGCUUGAUUUUCCCAGUAUUUGCAUGGGUGUAGAGACAGGUUUUUCAUUUUUUCUCCAUGUAGAACACAUAAAAUAUAUAAAAGAGAAGGAAAAAAUCCCAUCUGUGGUCAGCACAAUUGAAACUCCUCAGCACAAAAAUAACACUUCCAAUCUGGCAUGGAUGCCAGUUUAUACAGAUAUUUCCAGGCAGUUCUGAAUUAUUGAAAUUAUUUCCUUUGCAUUAUUUUCAUUUUGAAAUGGGACAAUGAGCCAUAAUUUAUGAUGAAGGCAUAUGUUUUUUUAAAAUAGAAUUAAUCUAGAUCAAUAAAAGAACAUUGUUUGUUUGG